UACCAUUAUCAUUAAUGUUGUAUGAAAGAAAGAAGCUUGAAGAGCAAAUGCCAACUACCAGCUGCACCUUUUGUAUUCUGCUUUGGUGCUUCCUGUAUUUUAAACAACCAACUCCAAAUUACCUUCAUUUUCAUCUAAUUACAGAUUUUAACCACUUCAAGUUUAUUUGCUGUUGUUUCAAUGUGAUCAAUAUCAAUAGUAGCAGUUUUUGCAACUGGAUUAUGGCAGCCUCACAAAACUUAAGGGCUUCAUAAUCUUUUUAUUGAUGGCGAUAUUAUUGCUACAUGGUAUCAGUGCAGACAAUCAGUGUGGAAUUGCUCCUGAUGACGGGAUUGAUGCAGGGCUCUCUGAAUUGGAUGAGAAUGCAUGGACAAUGGUGGAGAGGAAAGGGAGCCAAUUCAUUGUUAAUGGUAAAUCUUUCUACUUCAAUGGGUUCAACACCUACUGGCUUAUGGUCUUCGCUUCAGAUCAAUCUACUCGUGGAAAGGUAACCGAGGUCUUCAAACAAGCAUCUUCUGUUGGUUUAUCAGUCUGCAGGACGUGGGCUUUUAACGAUGGCCAAUACCGAGCUCUUCAGAAGUCCCCUUCAGUCUAUGAUGAAGAAGUUUUUAAGGGCUUGGAUUUUGUUGUGAGUGAAGCAAAGAAGUACAAUAUCAGGUUGAUUUUAUCCUUGGUGAACAACUGGAGUGACUAUGGUGGCAAACCACAGUAUGUUAAAUGGGGAAAAGAUGCUGGCUUGAAUUUGAGCUCUGAAGAUGACUUCUUCUCUGAUGCUACUCUCAAGACCUACUACAAAAAUCAUAUCAAGAUGGUGCUAAGCAGAGUCAAUACCUUUACCAAUGUCACAUACAAAGAUGACCCAACCAUUUUUGCUUGGGAGCUGAUGAAUGAGCCUCGCUGCACUUCUGACCCCUCUGGCGAUAAACUACAGGCUUGGAUACAAGAGAUGGCUGCCUAUGUGAAAAGUAUUGAUCCAAAACACUUGCUUGAGAUAGGGAUGGAAGGAUUUUAUGGUACCUCGACCCCUGAGCGGGCUCAGUUUAAUCCAAAUACAUACGCCACACAAGUGGGAACUGACUUUGUGAGGAACCAUCAGGUUUUAGGUGUUGAUUUUGCAUCUGUUCAUAUAUAUGCAGAUUCUUGGAUAUCACCUACAAUAACCGAUGCACAUCUCCAGUUCUAUCAGUCAUGGUUGCAAGCCCACAUAGAAGAUGCAGAGAAGUCAAUCGGGAUGCCUGUUGUGUUUGCAGAAUUUGGUGUCUCUGUGAAAGAUCCUGGGUACAACUCUUCUUUCAGGGACACAAUUUAUAACACAGUGUAUAAAACUUUGGUGAAUUCAGCUAAAAAAGGUGGAAGUGGAGCUGGAAGCCUUCUGUGGCAGCUCUUUCCUGAGGGCACCGAUUACAUGGAUGAUGGAUAUGCAAUUGUUCUGACCAAAUCUCAAUCUUUAGCAGACAUGAUUGCUCUUAAUUCUGCACGGCUAGAGCUCAUUAGCUCAAUAUGUUCUUGGAACUGUCGCUGGGGUUGCAAGAAGAGGCUGCUUGGCCUAGAUCCGGCAGUACUUUAAUGGUGCUGUGUAAGGCUGUGCAAGCUUAUUAGGAGACAAAAAUUAUCAAAUACUAAUUAAGUGAUUAUGGCUUCUUCUUGUAUGCACUGUGAACAGGAUGGCCUUUUAAAAGGCACAUGUAUAUUGUAUACACAAUACACUUGCAGGUUAAAAAAUUGCAACAUAAUACAGAAGUUAUAUAA